AUGCAAACACAGGAAGUUGCUGGACCUAGUAGAUCUAUGAUGUCAGAAGUUAAUACGGCUACAAGAGCAGCAAGUUCAGAGGUGCCACCAGUCAGUAUGGUUAAUAAUCCUUUAUAUCAUGCCAUAUUCCAGACAUCUGCAACAGAUACUCCGGUGAAAAAUGCAACAAAUAAUACUGUUGCAAGGAAUGCGCAAGAGACGAAUCAAUUCCAGUUGCAAAAUGCUACAUUUCCACAGCAAGUUUUACCAAUGCAAUAUCAACAAGGAUCAGCAGUGGUUCUAUCGCAACUGAGUGGACAAGAAGGUGUGCCUAGACUAACAUACAUACCACAAGGAACAGCAAAUGUAGGUGUCCAAGGAACUGUGGGUGUAACAAUUAAUCAAGGCCCUGUUGGUACGGGAAACAAUCAAGGUGCUGUUGGUGAAAAUGCAAGGCAUGCUGGUCAACACGCACAAGCGACCAAUGACCGCCGCUCUAUAUUAUAUCAGAACUGA